AUGGCUGCUCAGACUUUGACUUCUGCACCUGCUGCGCCCGCCGCUGCUCCAGCUACUGGAAAUGCGGCCCCAGCUAGCAACUACUUGAUGGCUUCGUUGUACGUUGGCGAUCUUCAUCCCAGCGUCACCGAAUCUCUUCUUUACAACAAGUUCAGCCAAGCUGGUCCCGUCUUGUCAAUCCGUGUCUGUCGUGAUGCUAUCACUCGUCGUUCUUUGGGAUACGCUUAUGUCAACUUCCAACAACCAGCUGAUGGUGAGUAUUUUUGGUUUUGAUAUUGUUUUAGGUUUUAUUCGCUGUAAGGUUAAAUAGCUCGUUUCGAAUUAACUGAUUAAUUUUUUUGGUUAAACUACCUCUUAUCUUUUUAAUGUUUAGCUAAGCGUUCAUUUAUGAGUUGUUCUUAUUAGUGUAUUAUACUCUAAUAUCUGCUCGUUUUUAGCCGAAAGAGCUUUGGACACCAUGAACUUUGAUACGCUCAGUGGAAAGCCUAUCCGAAUCAUGUGGUCUCAACGCGACCCUACCAUCCGUCGCUCCGGAGCUGGUAACGUGUUCAUCAAGAACUUGGACCCCAACAUUGAUACCAAGUCCAUCUAUGACACUUUCUCUAUGUUUGGUAACAUCCUCAGCUGCAAGGUUGGUUAACUGUUUUCAAUUAUGUGUCUACUUUAUCUUUAAUUUGAUAUUAUUGAAUGUUUUAAUUUUAUGUUUAUCUCAUUUCAGAUCGCAUGUGAUGAGGAAGGUCAUAGCAAGGGAUAUGGAUUCAUCCAUUUCGAAACUGAAGAAGCUGCCCAGAAGGCUAUCGAAAAGGUAAAUGGCAUGCUUUUGGACAACAAGCAAGUGUACGUUGGCAAAUUCCAACCACGUGCUGCUCGUCUUCGUGAGAUGGGAGAAGCUACCCAUCAAUUCACCAACGUCUUUGUUAAGAACUUCCACGACAAGCUGGAUGACAACAAGCUCAAGGAGUUGUUCGAGAAGUACGGCCCAAUCACCAGCGCUGUCGUCAUGAAGGAUAACGAAGGAAAGUCCAAAGGGUUUGGCUUCGUUUCCUUCGAAGACCCAGAACACGCCGAGAAGGCUGUUAAUGAACUCGACAACUACGAAAUCGAACCCGAAAUGAAGCUGAAUGUUUGUCGUGCUCAGAAGAAGGCCGAACGUGAAGCCGAAUUGUCUCGUGUCUACGAACAAGUCAAGGCCGAACGCACUCAGCGUUAUCAAGGAGUCAACUUGUACGUCAAGAACUUGGAUGACACCGUCACCAGCGAUGACCUCAAGAAGAACUUCGAGAAACACGGUACUAUUGCCUCAGCUAAGGUGAGUUAAAUCUUUUAUAAUUCAAGCAUAUUGUUUAGGUAAUGACCGAUGAACACGGCCGCUCCAAGGGAUUCGGAUUCGUGUGCUUCGAGCAACCUGAUGAUGCCACCAAGGCCGUCGUAGACAUGAACAACAAGAUGCUCAACGGAAAGCCUUUGUACGUCGCUUUGGCUCAACGCAAGGAAGAGCGUAAGGCUCAGCUGGCUUCUCAAUACAUGCAGAGAAUGGCCACCAUGAGAAUCCAAGGUGGUGGUGGCAUCCCAAAUGCCAUGUAUCCAAACGCUGGCGGUGCUUUCUACAUCCAAUCCGCCUUGCCAAACCAAAGACCAUUCGUCGCCAACGUUCCUCAAAUUCGUGGAGGUAACAUGGCUCGCUGGAACGGAAUCAACUCCACCUUCGGCAUGCAGAACUUCGUUCAACAGAACCAAUACGGUAACAACCACCGUGGACAGCGUCAACAAGGAAACAUGCGCCAAUACCAACAAGGAUCCCGACCACAGAACCGUGCUCCAGCCGGUAACAUUCAAGGUGGCCAACAGCAAAUGAGACAACCUCUCGGCCAAGGCAAACCUCAACAAGGUCAAUACAGCUAUCCAGUCGGACAACAAGUUCGCGCUCAACACCACGCGCAGGGAGCCCCUAACAACACCGUUCAAAGAGAAGAACUCACAUCUAAGCUUGCUUCUGCUGCUCCUCAAGUAAGAUUUACAAAUGAAUUUUAUUCUUAAUGUAUAUAAUUGUAUUUUGUUUGUGAUAUCUAAUAAUGUUUAUAUUAACUUUGGUCUUUUAGGAGCAAAAGCAGAUUUUGGGCGAACAGUUGUAUCCUUUGAUCGCGAACUUGUGCUCGGAUGACAUGGUUGGAAAGAUCACUGGUAUGUUGUUGGAAAUGGAGAACUCGGAACUUCUCAUGUGUCUGGAGAACCAAGAAAUCUUGGGCGACCGUGUCAACGAAGCUUCAAUGGCAUUGAUGGGCAAACCCAACGCUCAGACCGCUUAA